GUUCAUGGAUCAACUGCUUCUGAACGAAGAAAGAAGGCUCGUGGUGCCAUGCCGGUCUCAGCCAUGGGGUGCACCCUCGGAUUCUUGCUGCUGAGCUGCGGACUUGCUGGUGUACCUUCCGAGAUUGCCUCAUACUUGGAGAUCCAACAGCACAAAGAGGCUGCAGAGAAACUGGAUUUCGAAGACAAGGCCAUUUUGGAGGGCUUGGUGGCAGUGGAAAAGGCCCAUCAAGAAGAUGUGGUUUUGUAUCAUGCUGUUCCAUUCUCCAUCUACAUGCUGAGUUGGAUCUGGAACGGUGUCUCACGAGACCAUGCUUUGAAAUGGGAGGUGUUGGACGUCAAUGCGCCGUAUCCCAUCGGGAAGAUGCCACUGAGCAUCCGCGUGUUCGAUGGGAGCAAGCAGUUCCCAUCCUUCAGCGCACCUGACCCUGCGGUGUGCCCUCCUCCCACGGGAUUUGCUGAGGUAGCUGAGGUGGAUCAUCCAGAGGUGUUCGUCGGCCGCAUUGUUGGCUCGAGCAGCAGAAAAGUCCAGGUGAAGAAUGGACACGAACAGAAGGAGUAUUCGUUGAACUCAUCAUCCGGCUGCUUCCCCCUGGUGUACCUGGGCAAAGUGAAGCAGGCGAAGUAUGUGGACAGUCUGAUGGAAGAACAGUUGGUGGAACAUGGAGUCAUCAAUGCAUCGGACUUCCAGCAAUACUGCGAGAAGCUCGGUGUCUGGAAGGACGAGCACAACACACCCGACCACAUUGCUGGAGUACGUGAGCGGCUCUUGUCGGUGAACCUGAACAUCUUUGGCUCCGAAAGCUGGGCGGAGUCCAGUUGGGAGAUCUUCCGAAAAGGGGUGUCGCUUCACCACUCUGGCCUGGGCGGAGCUGUCCCCUUCAUGGAUGAUAUCUUAUCUGCUCUCCAGGUCGAUGAAGAGGUUACCAGCCUGGUUGGCCAACAAAUGGAGCUGAUCAAUUGCAUCACAGGAAACCGUACAUCGAACGAUUUUAAUGGCAAGUGCGAAGCGCUUUGGAAAGAGCGAUGGUCUUUGGCCAGUUGUUCAAGCCAGGAGCAUCCCAAUGAGCUCGAGGUGAAUGACCCCUGGAUGCCUGCAGAAAAGUGCCACAAGACCAUCGUUGGCACUAGUGACAACAAGAAAUGCGGUACCGACAUCAUGAUGCAAUUAAUCUUUCCACGCGACCUUGCGGAACAGCUGGUCUACAUCAGUGGUGCAGGUGGAAUACCUCGGGAUGAGUUUUCCAAGUUCUUGCCGGCAUAUGAUGAAUUGAAGAACACUGCCGCUGGCGAUGGACACCAGGGGCGAAUACUGCUCAAAGGUGAUGUUUUCUGCAGAGGUCUGAGAUCGACUUUUGCAUCACACUCGGGACUUUUUCGAGAUGAGUUGCUCAUGACGUCGCUCACGGCCUUGGCGGAAGAUGUUCGAGGAGCGUUGUUGGGGCGUUUUGAGCCUUGCCCAAAGCCGGCGCUUUCCGACGAUCCAACGACGGUUUCUCCAAGCACCAGCUCCUCAGCAAAUGAGAAGACUCCCGUGGUCUUCAAUGCUGCUUGACACGCAUUGGCUAUUGGAUGGCUUGGAUGGAGACCCCAUGGCUGUCAGUCAAAACGAGACCGACCUUGGUUGAGACCGACCGCGCUCGAGACAUGUCUGCACUUCCCCCAUUUUGGCUGGGUGCCUGGGAGUUUGGAGACCACAAAACGUGGCAAAGUAUGAAAGACAUGCUAUCUAUGCGAAACCGAAUAUCCAGCGCUGCACGAAGACGAAGUCGAGAAACGAAGACAACAAGUGUUCAUGAGUUUUCCUCAUCCGGUGCGGGGGGUAUCGGCACUGUGUCAAGAUCUUUAUGCUUUGCAAAUGCCUUUCGCAAGUUCCGACGAUACAAGAAACAUUGUUCAUAUGACAGUGGGAUUGCCAGGACAGCGUUUAGAGACGUAUGGGCAAAUUGCAUGGGCACCAAGCCAUCGGGAUGGAAGGGUGGUUUACAUGAUAAAUCUUCCACGUACUUUUGCAAGGGAGAGGUAUCAAAAAAAAUAAAUAGGGAUCAAGAAAAAAAUAAAUAGGGAUCAAUAACAAAACAUAU